CGUCCACCCUGCACGCACGCACUCACCGUCCCCCUUCUCUCUCUCUCUCUCAUCUGCGGGAAACCAAGCCCUGUCCGCCGGCACACAGCAGCAGCAGGCCCCCGGUCCUGUGGAGGCCCUCACCAUGGCAGCUUUGAGACAGAGCAGUAGCCUGACAGAGAGAAGAAGAGGAAGAAGAGGAGUAGUAGGAAGACACACUCUCUCUCUCUCUACCACGCUCACCUUUCUCCUCGCGCUGCUCACCUGCUGCGUCAGGUGCGCGUGCUGUGCCAAAACCAGCAACAUCAUCCUCAUUCUCGCCGACGACCAGGAUGUGCAGUUGGGGGGGAUGACUCCUAUGAAGAAAACGAAGGCUUUAAUCGGAGAGGCAGGAGCAACAUUUGUGAACGCUUUUACAGUCACGCCGCUGUGCUGCCCGAGCCGCAGCAGCAUCCUGACGGGUCGAUACCCUCACAACCACGAGGUCAGGAACAACUCUGUGUCGGGGAACUGUUCCAGCGCUCUGUGGCAGAAAGGACCCGAAGCUGAAGCCUUCCCAAUCUACCUCAGCAAACAGAAGUACCAGACGUUCUUCGCUGGGAAAUAUCUCAAUCAGUACGGGAAGAAAGAAGCAGGAGACAUCGGCCAUGUCCCACCCGGCUGGGAUCAGUGGAACGCACUGGUGGGAAACUCUCAGUACUACAACUACACGCUGUCAGUCAACGGCAAAGAGGAGAAGCACGGAGACAGUUAUGAGAAGGAUUACCUCACAGACCUCAUAACAAACAGGUCUCUUCACUUCUUGGACAACAUCAGCCCUCAGCAUCCGUUCUUCUUGAUGCUUUCUCCUCCCGCUCCUCACUCUCCCUGGACGCCAGCGCCUCAGUACCAGAAAGAGUUUGGAGACGUUAAAGCUCCUCGAGACGGCAGCUUUAACAAACCGGGGAAGGACAAACACUGGCUGCUCCGUCAACCCGUCAACCCAAUGCCAGACAGCUCGCUCACCUUCCUGGAUAAUGCCUUCAGGAAGAGGUGGCAGACGCUGUUAUCUGUGGACGACAUGGUGGAGAAGCUGGUGAAGAAGCUCGGUGACAUAAAGGAACUGAACAACACUUACAUCUUCUACAUGUCAGAUAACGGCUACCACACAGGUCAGUUCUCUCUGCCCAUCGAUAAGAGGCAGCUGUACGAGUUUGACAUCAGGGUUCCUCUGAUGGUCCGCGGGCCGGGCAUCAAACCCAACCAGACACUGCAGGCUCCAGUGUUGAACAUCGACUUGGCUCCAACCUUACUGGACAUUUCCGGCUUAAACCUCUCCACUGUGAACCUUGAUGGACAGUCUUUCCUCUCUCAGAUGGCUCCUUCACUGCGUAACGGCACCGCUCGUCCCUUUUUCCUGGUUGAAUACACCGGAGAGGGACAUCCAACACCCGACCCCGCCUGCCCCAAACUCGGCCCCGGACUGUCUCAAUGUUUCCCAGACUGCGUGUGUGAAGACGCCUACAACAACACCUACGCCUGCGUCAGGACUCUGGACAGCGGACACAACCUCCAGUACUGCGAGUUUGCAGACAGCGAGUCGUUUGUCGAGGUGUACAACCUGACCUCCGACCCCCACCAGCUGGAGAACAUCGUGAAGAAGGUUGACCCGGCCGUCCUGCAGGUGAUGAACCAGCGGCUCAUCAAGCUGCAGUCCUGCGUGGGCGACAGCUGCCGCGACGUCAAAUGAUAAAAGACGAAGAGGAGGAAGAAGAGGAGUAGCGUUGAGUUUACACCUUUUAUUAAGCAGCCAAAGACCAGACUCAUCAUACUGAGAACAGAAGAAGAAGGAGAGGAGGGGGGUUGGGGUUGCUUUAUGACUGUCUCACCACCAAACCAAACCAAGUAUGGUAGCUGGUAAGAAGUUUUUCACAGCAGACUUUUUUUUUUUUUUGACACCUCACAAUAAGAAAAACAAAAAGGUGUGAAUGAUGAUGAUGAUGAUGAUGAUGAUGAUGAU